AUGGGCAACUGUUCUGACUCGAUGUGUAAUCCAUCUUCCAUGGCCGUUCUUAUGGUGAUCCAGCAGGCUCUACAUAGGCAGCCCAGCACAGCAGCGCAGUACCUGCAGCAGAUGUAUGCAGCUCAACAGCAGCAUCUGAUGCUGCAAACGGCAGCUCUACAGCAGCAGCACCUCAGCACAGCACAGCUCCAGAGCCUCGCAGCAGUGCAGCAGGCCAGUUUAGCAGCCGGCAGGCAGAGUUCGAACCAGAAUGGGACCUUGUCUACCCAGAGCGGGUCAUCACAGACCACAAUUAAUUUAACCACGUCCCCUGCUGCUGCUCAGCUGCUCAGUCGUGCACAGAGCGUAAACUCCACCCCCUCUGGGAUAUCCCAGCAAGCUGUGUUGCUAGGCAACGCCACAGGCUCCACCCUGACAGCCAGCCAAGCUCAAAUGUACCUGCGGGCCCAGAUGGCUCAGCAGAGUAAUCUUGUGCAUGUAGCCAGGAGUCUGGGCCGAGCCGUCCCUCUGUCCCCUCAGCUGAUCCUGGCUCCUACAGCUACAGUAACUGCUCUACAGUCUGACACUAAUACAGCCAAUAACACACAGUCUGUCUCUGCACAGGUGCAGAACCUUGCCCUGCGCAACCAGCAGGGGGCGUCUUCCACCUCUCAGUCCUCAGGCCUGCAGGCACUGAGUUUAAAGCAGACCCCCAUCUCCAUUCAGCCCACCCCACUCAUCAAAACACCCAGCCAGAGUGCUUCCAGUUCAGACACUGGGAAAAGCAAUGUGAACACUGCUUCCGCGGAUGGAGUGAAGAAGGGAGAGGAAGGGCAAACAGAGAUGAAAGCAGUUAACAUGAGUCGUAAUGUUUCCUCGUCACAUCCCUUACUCGCACCAGCUGAACGUUCAACAGGAAAUUUCGGGGUUUUCCAGGGUUGCGCUCGGCAGGGAAUAACUCAUCAACUCCUUAUUCUGAACAUCCGGGAGAAAGAAAGAGUGAGAGAAACAUAUGCCCAAAUCCAGCCGCAGGCCCUGAUUAAGCAGCAGCCACAGCAGUUUGUCAUUCAACCCCAAGCCCCACCCACCUCAAGAACCCAGCCUCAGUUACUGCAGACCGUCUCGGUCCAGCCUCACCAACAGACAGCCUCACUGGCCAUCCAGAGCUCCACCCAGACCUCAUCAGUAGCAGGGAUCAUUCCGGUUUUGCCUAAACCAGCACUUCACAACCAAGGAUCAGCUCAAAGUCAACAGGCCACCAUCUUCCAUUCAACUGUAAGCCACCAUGCACUUGCACACACAGGCCUGGCCCAUGCUAAAGCUCAACCGGUCCAACUGACAGCCAUCAAUCUCCAAAUCCAACCAGCACAAAGCCAGAGUUCAAGACUGGCUCAGGAUGACAAGGAGAAGCCCACCUCUUUGGUGGUAAGAGAGCUUUGUCCCCCAGUACAAAUGCAGCCAACCACUACGACCCAAGGCACUGACCCCCCUGAACAAUCCAAAGCCGAUACUGUUAACACUACAUCUCAAACUCAAGGUACAGUGGACAAAUUUUCACGUUUACAAGCAUAUUAUGUUUGUAUACUGUACUGUCAGGUGGAGAGACCGCUGGUGCAAGCAGACAGCCCCAAGAAACCAGACACGCAGCUUCCCUCAGAUCCAGAGAAAACGGCCAGCAGUAAUUCCCUCAGUGCCACAAACUCCGACAUGGAGGAGGCUGGACAAGAAGACACGAGGACUCCGGAGGAAUCGGAGGAACCCAAGCUCACAUGUGAGCUCUGUGGAUGGGUCGAUUUUGCCUACAAGUUCAAACGUUCAAAACGCUUCUGUUCCCUGGUCUGUGCUAAAAGAUACAGUGUAAGUUGCACGAAGCGGGUUGGUCUGUUCCACCCCAACAGAACUAAAACAACCAAUCAGAUCAAUCAGUGGAGAAGGAGGAGGUCUCAUAGUCCCAGAGGCAGGGAGGCCAAAAAGCAGCGGCUCUCUGUAUCUCAGCAAUCUCAGGGAGAAUCUAUAUCCUCACCUCUCCAAUCUCAGCCUAGUCAAGGAGAGUCCAGUCCCUGUUCGGAUAUCUCCAGUUAUGAGGAUGCAACAUCCCCCCUCUCCGCAGCCAGUUCUGGCCCAAUCGUUUCUCAAGGUGGGGUCACUGUUAACGAUCCCGAAGAGCUUCCUCUCCUCAGUCAGCACUUCCUGCCAUGUGACCCCACCAAAUGGAAUGUGCAAGAGGUUUUUGAGUUCAUUCGCUCUUUGCCAGGUUGCCAGGAGAUUGCAGAUGAGUUCCGUGUUCAGGAGAUCGAUGGACAGGCCAUGCUGCUACUGAAGGAAGAUCAUCUAAUGAGUGCCAUGAAUAUUAAAUUAGGACCCGCCCUCAAGAUCUUCGCUCGCAUAAACAUGCUGAAAGAUUCCAAGCCUUGAAAAGGCUGUGUGAGUGUGUGUGUGUGUCCUCUGAUGUCACUGACCUUGACCUAGUGACCACAGCACCCCAACUGCACUACAACAUUUUUAAAAUAAUUAAUAACUAAACAUUUCAUACAUAUUGGGGCUAAAGCCUAAAACUGCACCUCCUCAAGAAAAGACCUGAAAUAAAGUCAGCUGAAACAGAAAAUGACCCGACUACCUAUGAAAAAGUGCAUAAAUAGUGACUUUAUACCAAAUGGAAGACAUUAUGAAACAGUGAUUUGGAAUUCUGACUGGGUUUCACAGAUCACUGGACUUAACUAGUAGUAUCGGUGCUUAGAAGAAAUCUUUGGAUAAUUUACGUGUAACAGUGCAGUCCAACCUGAACUAAAAUUAUCAUGUGGUUUCACAAUCCCACAUCUCGGCUCAGAUGUCUCUGGAUUGUACAUUUGUUGUUUUCAGGUAUGAUUUUGUCUUAUUGUACAUGCCAGAUGCUUUUGUACAGUCAAAUAUGUUUAAGUAAAUUAUUCUUACCUUUGUGAGUAUUUGUAACAGAGCUGAAUCACAACAAACUGGUGCUAUUUCACUCUCGCAUUUACUUUAAGACUUGAAUAACAGAAGCACAGUAACAGAAUAUUCAACUUUAAACCCGAAAACCAACCUGUAGAAAGGGAUCCAGUCUGAAAAAUUCCUGUCAACAGCGCCUUAUUCAAUGUGUGUCUGUACAGACACUGGUUUUGAGAUGCACAUUAAAUUGUAUUUGUCUUGGAUAUUGGGAAUGCCACUGUUUGGUUUUAAUUGUGCCCAGAUUUGUUAUUGUAUGUUGCUAGAAAGGAUUGUGAUGAUGAAGUGUGUUUUUUGUACAAUGCUUUGUGAAAUGCCUGUAUUUAUCAAUGAAAUUUGUAAUAUAACAUUUUUAAUGAAGGAUUUUCAUGUCAACUUGUUUAAUUUUCUGAGCCUAUAUCAC